CUAUUUUAUUCACCUGAUUUUGAUUCAAAAACCAGAUUUGCAUUAUAACAUCAAAAUGCAUUACACCAAUAAACCAAUUCCUACGAGUUAUGUUAUAAAUCAUUUUUAUAAACCUAGAGAUGUUGGAAUUUUAGCUAUAGAAAUAUAUUAUCCUAAAUUAUAUGUUGAGCAAUCAGAAUUAGAACAAUUUGACAAUGUUUCAAAAGGUAAAUAUACUAUAGGUUUGGGUCAAGAAAGGAUGGGAUUUACUGCUGAAUGCGAAGAUAUAUACAGUUUAUGCUUGACAGUAGUUCAAAACUUGAUGGAAAAAUAUGAAUCCAUUUCUUAUGGAGACAUUGGCAGACUUGAAGUAGGCACAGAAACCUUGAUAGACAAGUCUAAAAGCAUAAAAUCCGUUCUCAUGCAGCUAUUCGAACCGUGCGGGAAUUUUGACGUGGAAGGCGUUGACAACAUAAACGCUUGCUAUGGGGCGACGGCGGCCCUCUUCAAUUGUCUCAAUUGGAUCCAUUCUCCGGCUUGGGAUGGCAGGUACGCGUUAGUCGUAGGAGGGGAUAUCGCUGUUUACGCCGAAGGGCCAGCACGGCCUACGGGCGGUGCGGGAGCUAUCGCUAUGCUAAUCGGCCCUAACGCGCCUCUGGUAGUUGACGACGUCAAAGCAACGUUCAGUCAAAACUUGUACGAUUUCUACAAACCGAAAAUGGAGUCCGAGUACCCUAUCGUAGACGGGCCGCUCUCCGUCAAGAGUUAUCAUCAAGCCCUGGACUAUUGUUACGCUAAAUAUCGUGAUAAAAUUAAAGAAAAAUGGGUUACAAAUUUCGACACCGACUACUUCGAUUAUCUUUGCUUCCAUUCACCCUACUGCAAGCUAGUGGAAAAAUCUUUCGCCAGGUUCAAUUAUUUGGACCAUCAUUACCAUAAAAUCUCCUCUGCUAUGAAGAAUGGAUCCUCUUCACCAGAUCCAUCGAUUUAUAAAAACUACGACGAGAAAUUGCUAUCCAUUAUCGAGAAUAAACCGCCGGUUGCCACUUACACGGAUAAAGAGGUGGAAAAAGUAUUUAUGACUUCAUCUCGGGCCAGUUUCGAACAAAAGACUCUUCCUAGCUUAGAUAUAGCUAAGAAUAUAGGUAACAUGUAUACUCCUUCGCUUUACGGAUCUCUUAUGUCUUUACUCAUCAACUUAUUUCAACAUUCUCAACCGAACGGUCUCGAUCUCAACCCGGUGUUCCCUAUAAAAGUUGGCAUGUUUUCCUACGGGUCGGGUGCCAUAGCAACUCUUUUCUCCAUAACAAUCACCGAAAAACCGACUUAUAUCUCCAAAGCCGGAACGAGGUUGCUGAAAUGUCGCGGAGAACCUACCGUUUGCCAAAAUGGAGGGAAUGUUGGGGAAGAUGGAAAUGAAAAACUCGGUGAAAAUAUGUUCGCUAGGCUUAAAGUUAAUCCCGACGCGUUCGCCAAAUUGCUCAAGGAAAGGGAGGCCACUCAUUUAACCGCUCCAUUUUAUCCCAAGUUCGAACCCAACGACUUAUGCCCCGGUGCUUUCUAUUUGAUCGAGUUAGACUCUAAGUAUCGUAGAAGAUAUGGUCGCUACAUGCCAUAACGCUUGCUCGGAAACAACUUUUAUAUUAUAUUAUUAAUUAACUCGACAAAAAAAAAAGAUAAUUUUAAAUCAUGGGAAAAAAAAAUGUUUUUUUUUUAAAUGAAGAAAUACAAAUAA